AAUAAAUAAUUUUGAUUUGAAAACGUCAUCCUAAAAAUUUCUAGGUUUUAAAUUAAAGUGUAGUAAAAAAGCGUGUAAAAUGCACGUUUUCUAUUAAAAAUCUCCUAAAAAAAUGCUCGGGGUGUGAAGAUGAUUGCACGCAAACGUUUGAAUCGCUGCGAUUCAAAAGACAUGCAUUCUUUGAUCGAAUCCAGCGGUUAUAGCAGUGGAUUCGCCAAGCAGUCAAGACGCCUGCAAUCAUCCUCAUCUGUGAACUACGACUCGAGAGCAAACCCCGAUGAAAAAUGCAGGUUCAGAGCACGAUCUUCAGUAGCAUGUACUAGUUUAUCAGAAACCGCAAAUAAACCAAGUGUUGAAGAAUGUAGAUCCACUCAAACAAUCACCUCGUGGAUCAUGUCCAAUAAUAUGACCCGAUUGAAAACAGCGUAUCGAUAUUUAACACCUAUCAUUGAUGAUAUCAUCAGUCGAGCAACAAGUUACACACAUCAAGAAUUCAAGGAAUUGUUAAUCAAAAGACAACCGAUUUGUUCUAUAAGUUACACGCAAUACAUCCGCGCUUAUCAAGCAUCAGAAAUCAUCAAUCAAGUCGGUGAAGAAUUGGGUUCAGUGAAUAAAAAUUUACCCUGCGAGGUGGAUUUUACAGUUAAUAAUGUAGCAACUAUAAAAAGAGAAGAUUUAUUAGAAAAUAUUGAACGCAUGGCAGAUAGAAUUUUCAUCGAUCGUGAUUUAAUGAAACAAUUGGUGAAUCUACAUGAAUUAAUCACAGAAACAAUCAGAAAAUUAAAAACUUCUUUAGAGCAAGUUAGUGUUGAAGGUCUGGGACAGGAUACAAAUACACCCGAUGCCGCCAGUUAUUAUCAAGAUAACUUUGAAUACAAUCAAGGAAAAAUUGAUAAAGAUGCCAUCCGGAAACAUAUCGCGAAACAUUUUAUAGUAAUAGGUGAACCUAAAGAUAAAGGCUGUCAUUGUGAUGAUGGACCUGUAAGCAGUACAAAUAUUGACAUCAAACAUAAUAGUAUUGUCAUGGAUGCACAGAUUGAUGAAUCAUCACAACCGUUACAACAGAAACAAAAACAUAAUUAUGGUUCAGGUGGUACUCUUAUGAAUUCAGUGGAUUCACAAAAGUUUACAAAGAAAUAUGUCACACGUACAGGUGAUUAUUUAUUUGAUCAUCACUCUGAGAAGUUCUCAAUUGAUGAAAUUCAUGAUUUAGCGAAGAAAAGCGCUCCCUACACCGUCGGAGUGCGUAGAUAUGAAUUAAAAUGUAAUGAAGGUGUGACUAAAGCAUGUGCAGUUCUCCCUGAAGAAAUCCAACAGGAACCUUUACAUAAUUCUGAAGAACACGAUCCGAAUCAUGUACAAAAUUAUUAUGAUAUUGAUGAUGAUCCUUUGGUGUUAGCUGAAUCAGAUAGCAAUCAAAUGGUGCAUUAUGAAAAUAUAGAACCUGAUAUAGUGGCACCACAUGAACAUGAACAUGAACAUAUUGAGAGUGAAGAACAAAUUCAAGAGCAUAUAAUGGCUCCUAUGCCUUCACCUGCACGUAGUCCUAUUGCUAGUCCUUAUCAGUCUCCCCGGACGACUGAUGCAGGACCUAAUUUUUGUAAUAAAACUUGUUCGGCAAAAGAAGAAUCUUGUUCGAAUGUUACACCUUUACUUCGUGAGAUGAUGGCGAAAAUCGCUGAACAAUUGAUGAUUUUAAAAGAAGAUCAGUUGAUUGAUUUUGAAAAUAAGGAGUUUACACCCGCGGAGUCUCCGGCGGUUGAAAAGGAGCAUUAUAUUAUGCAGGAAGUUAUGUAUUGUCUACAGGCUUUGGAAGAUGCGCAGGAGAAGUUGAUUUCUAUGAAUUGGUUAGAAGUUAAUUCCGAGAUGGCGGAUACUCCUCUUGGGUGUUGCUAUAGAGAAUAUCCACAUGUACAUUCAAAAGUUGCUGGGAUACCUAUUAUUGUAAAAAUAUCACAGACGUUGUUAGAUUUAUUAAACACUGGAUAUCCUUACGGUCCAGGAAAAGUAAUCCCUGAAGAAAUUAUCCAAGUCGCUGAUGAAGACACAACGAUUAAACCAGUGACAGCAACCAGAGGUUGCGGUUGUAAACCACCGACUUUCAAGAGUCUCAUCCGAGAAAAAUGCGCUUUAGCAAAAAUGAUCAGCUCCCGCAACAGAUUCACAUCCCGUCAUAAUAAAGAAAAAGACAAGGUUGUAAUGAUGACAGUAGAUCCAAUGAUAAACCCAAUGAUGGAUCUGUUCGGUAUGAGUGCAAAUUCACUCCUAGCAGAACCACCUCCGGCUUUCCAGGAGUACGAACCUGAUAUCUUUCAAGUAAUGCAAGUCGCUGAUAGUAACACCAGUUUACCCUACGCUGUCACACGUGCCUCCCUACCAAAUGUAACCAUAUGCCCACCGAUGGACAUAGAAAUCUCCCAGUUUAACAUGUCCGUGCGUAAUUCCAUCGUGGAUCAUCCAAAACCACGCAUUCAACGAGAAUUACAAGAGAUAGGUAUGCAUAAUUUACUGCGGGCUUCUGUUCCUGCAAAAUGUUGUAUGCCUAAUGUCCUAAAUCGUGUUGAUGCCGAUGAUGAACCAUAUCAUGCCAGUCUGAAUUCACUUCCGCUCACCACUUCGGAUUUGCAGUUGAUCGUCGAUGUCGUCCAGCAAGAUACUAUUAUGGCAAAGCACUGUAAUUACCAUCCGAUCAACUUCACUGCUACCAUUCAAUUCAGUUUUGAACGUUACACCAAUUUUCAGGAGCGAUUGGUGCCAACGUGUCGCGUGUAUCUCGUCUAUUAUUUUGAGAUUUUCAAAAAAGACGCUGAUUCCACUGAGGUUAUGGGGAACUUGAAUGAUAAACAUCAACGGGGAAUAACUUCACAUCAUAGUCAUCGCAGGAAGCAACGAUUUGAGCAUCGAUAUUCAGCGCCAUCUACGAAGAGUAGCUAUGAGCGUAAAAGUCUUGUAAGCGAUUUUUUUAAACGUUUUAUGUUCUCGACGCAAAGUUAUAAUAAUGGUGAGGAUGCAAGAUACACGCAUCAAGUGAAAGUUAAUAAAAGUAAACCUAAGAGUUCGAAAUGUAAAAAAUCUGAGAAGGAUUACAAAAAGAUUCAUACUGUGCCUAAACGGUUGAAGAAUCAAAGAUUACAAGCUUGUUCAGCUGAAUUUGAACGUUUUGGUUCACCGAGUGAAGAAGUGAAAAGAAUUGAUGAUGGGAAUUAUACAGAAAUGAAUAAGAUUUCGUCUUCGAUGAAGAAUUUUACUGUUGCGACGAUAACUCCGACGAAAUAUAAGUUUAAAACACGGAAGGAGAGUGAAAAAGACUUGCAGAAUUGUAAACGGAGCAGUGUUUCUCCUUUGAAUCAGUUUAAACAAAAAGUUGCACAAUCUACACUUGCAGAAAGCAAUAGUAAGGAGACAAUUGCUGAAUUUGUGCUGUUAACACCGCAACAAUCUAAAAAUUCGGAAGAAGAGAAAAAAUCAGAAAAAAUGAAAACUAGUAAAGAUUUUACAACCAGCACGCAUAAUUUGGAAACCAUUUAUGAAAGUGAAGAGAAAUUAAUAUCUAAAGAAAUGUUAGAUUCUACAACUCCACAAUCAACUUUCUUCGAUUUUCUUCGUUCUUCGGAAAUAUCCAAAUCCUUCCGUCGUUUCAUCGAAAGUGACGAAGCUUUAGAAAUCUUUGAAAAAAACCAAAUGGAACCCGAAGAGUUCUGGAGCACAUAUUUCAAAAUGCGUCGUGAAUUAACUCGCACACCUCCAAAAUGCUGUUCGGUAACAAGCGCAGGUGACUCAGAAAUACUCGUAUCUCACACCGAAGACGAUCACACAACAAUCGAACCACAACAAGAAUUAACCAUCAAAAAACCAACUAAAAAACAAUCACGCAUUCCUCAGAGAAUACGCACUCCACAAAUUGUAGACACAACAAGUGAUUUCUCCAUCGAUAAAAUUAAAAUCUAUGAAUCUGGAAAUUCUAAAAUGCAAUGCGCUUGUAGUCACCUCUCCGUCAUGUCAAACAUACAGAAUUCGCCAUCACCGAACAAGACGAAUAUUUACUUCUCGGAUGUUUUAAAUGAAACCGCUGCUAAGCAACCAGCAGCUGAAGCGACAUCAAUGCACUCAUUGCGUGUGUUGGCGAAUAAAAACGGCCCGGGAUACAUCACGAUUCUACAUCCGGCAUGCGGAUGCCCGGAAGUUUCCAUCUUUAUUCCUUGCUACUGCGAUGAGAAAGGUCCGAAACGCGCAGGAUUAACAACCAAACACAUGGCACGCAUGGCGGCGAACACGAACGGCAGACAUAUUCUUUUACCAGCGUCUUGUCGAAUUCCUCGACUGCGACACGAAACACCAAACAAGAUGAAUACGAAUAAACUACGCAGAGUGCCUGAAAAGUCGCGAUUCUAAGUAUUACGAUUACGAGUAAACUGUACAUGAAGUAAAUCUAACCUCAAAUCAAAA